GUUGAUUAGUGAGAAGAAGUACUUCGAUUACUUUAUUCCAUGAUGGACUAGUCUACGUAACACGUCUCCUAUUACCGGAAGAUAAUUGUGUUGAUUGAAGGUGAAUAACUAAUGCUAGUGUCGGUAAUGAUUAAUAAAGUGAACAGAUGAAUUGUACAUAAGGCCGCAAAAGUAAUUGGUCACUCCCUUCGAUGUCUGAUAUAAGUCUACCUUCUCGCGUUAUGUGUUCCACAAGCAAACUUGAUCUCGAUUCAUCGUUUCAUUAUAAUCCCUAUGUGGGCACGUCGGACGAUUCAUUUCUUCUCCCUCCGCCUACGAGUUUGAAGAGUGAAUACCUGUGGGAAAACUACCCCUAUGUGCUUGGUAAAUCAGAUUGGCAAGCUCUGAGUAUAACCCCAUCCGUGGAAAGACGCAAACACUGCGCCAAUGGUAGGAUGGACGAAGCUCAUGAGGAUUCGUCUGCGGCCCACAGAGAAGGUGGAGGAAAUUGUCCGAUUGUAGAAACUGCUGGAAGGCGGAGAAAUUUAGACGACUACGCCAGAGAAGUUGGAAAUUUAAACAGACCCUAUGUCAUGAGAGAUUCUAAUGAAAUCUCGCGCGACUUCAGGAAAAGGCUGGGCUGCCUUAGUGAUCAGGAGCCUGAAGACAAUCUACGCAAAUUUGCUCAGUUUAAUCAGCUGCUAUCAAAGGUCUCCGAGUCUGACAGCAGUAACGAUGAAGUAUUCACGCACAACACGCCAAUUUCUAAUCGCCGAAGGGGUUCGAAAAAAUCAAUUACCGAAAAGGUUACUCGUGCUUUGAGGAGGGAUGCAAGUAAGGUAUGGCAUUCCGAUAGAGCUAAGGUGAAAUCUUACCCAAGAUGCGAAAGGCUACUGAGUGCCCCAACUGAAUCGUCUCAGCAAUCAGCAAAGGCCUUAAAUGGGCUGCAAGUUUUGCAUCGUACGCGUGACACAUCGAGAAAGUGGGAACAAAGAGCGUCUGCCAAUACCACAAAUGGUCUGUCGAGCGUACACAAAAGGCCACGGAGCAAACAUCGAAGGCUACUAGACGACAGUGUUCAACCUACGACCGCCCAUCUCGGUGUGGGGAUGACUGCACUCCAAGCGGACUUCAGUGAGGAUUGCGUUCCCAACCGUGAAAAAAUGAAAUCAACAAAUGGUUCGCGGCAAAUGUCUGUCAAGUCUGAUACAGCGAUGGGCUGCAGAAAAAAAGAACCGAACGUGAAGAAGCGAAAUUCGCCGUGUAGACGCACCAAUUAUGAUCUUGACGUCAUUCCGUGGACAGCGCGUAAAAAAUGGACAAAGUAUCCGGUAGAGAAGAUGUUGCUGGACGCCAGUCGGCACAAAGACCUCAGAAAGGAGAGUUCAGGGAGUUUCUCACCUAAAUUGUUGGAACCUCGAAGUUCAAACUGGGAUCAAAGAAACUACAACAGGAGUCGCUAUGGCCCCUCACUGCAAGGAAGUGUUCAACCACCAACUGAAGCAACGCACUUCGAAAAUGACGUUAGGAAUCAAUUGAGAGAUUUUGAAAUCGGGAAGAAAGCUGCUAUGACUAGAGAACCUAGAACUAGUUGGGAAACGAGAAUAGAUUCGGGAGCCCGAAAGACAGGGGAGCCCGUUCCCAAAAGACAGCCUUGUUCGAAAGGGUCCAUAGAUAAACGGUCGCCUGGUUCAUGCACAUCCCGGUUUAACAGAAAUGCAGCUCGAAGUGAGAACCAAGAUAGACAUGAGGGAGACGAUCAACAUAUGAUUUCGUCCCGUGAAGACUCUCUCAGAAUUCACCACGUGCAGCGAUCCUCCGCGUGCCGGGAAGAGUGUGAUCUCCUAUCGGCUUACUUACCCUUGCUAUUUUCUCAUAAAUGCUACUUGGAAAAAGUUGCUGCAUUCGAUAAAUUCAGAGGUUUAACUGCCGGCACCAAAAAAGAUUUUAAGGCUGCAAAUGUUAAAAAUCACGAGCUUAUAAAUAGUGUGGACGGAAGAUAUUUCUCGAAAUUUAACCACAUUGGUGCAACUCAUCAACGCAACAAAGAAACGGCAGAAGCGGCUGCCAAAGUUUCCGGUUGCGGGGAGCCGUCUGCCCCUAAACUCCUCUCAUUUAUAUCCGCUAAUGAGGACUUGGACGAAACGCCGCUCUGGGACGACAGAGUGGCAUCAGCAGCCACGCAAACGGUUAUUCGCUCGUCGAAUACUGGCUGCCAAGCUAUUCCGUUCUCAGUUCUGUCGGUUGGAACACAGUGUGAUCUUGCUGAUUUUAGAAUGGAGAUACGGAAAGUAGAUAAGGCUUCUCAAUGUGGAACGAUUGCCGAAAAUUCGUGUACAAGGGAAUUACAACCUGAAAAUGAUUGUGGCCUGUUCGACCCUCGCAGCGCCAUUCCUCGUGCAGUGCCUGAAAGUGGCGAGUUAACUCAGAGGGGAAAACGGUACUCUCUUACGGGAUCUACGAAGGAUGACGCUCCGAGAGCGACGAUGAAACUUUUCGUAGGGAGCGUUUCUGACAGAGUGAAGAGCUUAGAGGCCACAGUUGGAAGUCCAAAAAUUGAAAUGGCCUUUAAUGCAAGCCAUUACACUUUACCAACAGCCAUACCAAAAAAUUGCAACGACUUUGAAGAAAAUCGGUAUAGAGAUUUCCAUACUCGAAGGGAGAAAGAGUCGGAGGUUGAUAGCAUUGACGAAGUAGACGAGUUGAAAGAACGGCCGCUGUCGAAGAACUCACAAAGAAGGCAACUCAAAGGGAAAAGAAGGCUGAAAGAAGUCGAUAGCAAUUGAAAAUGCGCAUGUCUCGGCAUUUUUCUCGAAACGAUCCAAUUCUCGACGUUCUACGUUUAAAUUUCAACCUAUUAAUCAAACAGACAAGCGUUAAAGAUUUGAAUUGACUGUUUAACGCUAACCUGUUAUUUUACUGGACUUGUCGAAUAACUUUUUAAGUUGAGACGUGAACGAAAUCGAUACUUUAAUGAAUUUUAUAGCCUCUAUUUACUAAUUUGUGAACAAUUGUACAAAUUGUCUAGACUACUGCUUUAUUUGUGGAACAGAGAAAAAAAUUGUAGACGGAG